AUGAACGCCCCUGCUCGUCAUGAAAGUUACGUCCUUGAGGACGGCGAGAAGCCAGUUGAGCUCAUAGAAGAUACAAAGAUCCCUAAUGCCGCCACCAUAAAGAUCGUCAAGCAGGAUCACACCCUUGGGAACAUGUUACGAGCCCAACUGCUCGCUAUGCCCGAGAUCCUCUUCGCAGGCUACAAAGUGCCACAUCCUCUACACCCUUACUUCCUCAUCAAAAUCCAAACCGACGGCACAAAGACACCUCAAGCCGUGCUCGAACAAGCCUGUACAAAGUUGAUUGGCACCAUGUCUUCGCUCGAGACCAAAUUCAAACGCGAGUUCUCUUAUAAGGACAUUGAAGGAACCUCCGGCGGAGUAACAGCUUCUACUGGAGAAGAUCCGUACGGGACCGUUGGGGGAACUGGUGGUGGUGCAUGGGGACGAGGACGAGACUAUCUUGAUUUCUAA